GUUUCAAAUAGAACAAACAGCAAUUUAUCAAUACUCGAUGACGAUCGACCAAGGUUUGAAACGAGGAUUAUUCGAUUGGGAUAUAGAAGACGAUGAAGAUUUAUUCAACGAUCAUAUUGGUGAAGAUACUAUGAUUGGUUUAGAAGAUUAUCUUCAUACACAACAGCCAUCGACAAAAGAGGAAGAAAAACAAGUGAAUAACAAACUCAUGAAUACUUCACGACCUCCAGCUUACCAUUAUGAUAAUACUAUGUUUGAUGAUUUCAUGGAAGAGGAUACAUUCAUGUAUCCAGAGUCACCACCACCAUCAAAAGUAAAUCAAUUAGACGAAAAUAAAGACCUUGACGCUGAUGAAGAUGCCUUGUUUGAAUUGGAAGGAUUGAAACGACUAGACGAAAAAGCUAAUUCAUUCACAAAGACUGAUCAUUCAACAAUAAGUAUUAACACCAACAAACUUCUUUCUCAACGUACCUCUCAUCUUAUUAGUACCAAUACUACUCAGCAACAAUCCAAUUUACUUCAUGCCAAUAAUAGAAUUACCCAACAACAACAACAACAACAACAGAGAAAGGAUUAUUCACAGCCUCCUCGAACUGGUGGAUUUCUUGAAGCCAGAUGCCCUCGUACUGGAAAACCUAUUUAUUUUCCUCUUCAACUGAAAUCAUCCACUGUUAAUAAGAGAAAUCAGGAUAUCUCUUCGAAAAUGUUGAAUCGGGGUAAAGAUACCACUCGACUAUUAGCAACUCCUGUACGAUUGAUGUUGGAACAGCUUGAAGUCAAGAAUAUCAAACAAGCUGAAAAAUUGGAAAAGGAUCAUUUGAAUCAAGCAAAACGCAAAAAUAAGAAAAAGAAGCAAAUCCAGGCAGAAUCCCAAGCACUUUGGGUUGAAAAGUAUAAACCUACGAUUUUUAUGGAUCUUUUAGGAGAUCAGCGUGUCAAUCGAGAAGCAUUACGAUGGGUCAAACAAUGGGAUUAUUGUGUUUUCCAAAAGAAACCUCAAGAUGAAAGUCAAAGAGAUAAAGUGAUGCGACAAUACAAGGCAACUUUUGGAAGUGCAAUGACUGACCCAUAUGAAAAGAAGAAGAAUAAAGAAAUGGAUGAAAAGCCAAAAGAUCCUUUGUUACGACCUGAUCGCAAGAUCCUAUUACUGUCUGGUCCACCUGGUUUCGGUAAAACGACCUUAGCUCAUGUGAUUGCCAAACAUGCAGGGUAUAAUGUGGUUGAAGUCAAUGCAAGUGAUGAUCGUACUGGGGAGGUGGUCAGGACCAAAAUUAAAUCAGCAUUGGAAAUGCAAGCGAUUUUACGAAAACCUACUGAACAAGAUGAUCAAAAAACAACCAUGUAUACCAAACCUAAUCUACUUAUCAUUGAUGAAAUUGAUGGAGCAAGCAGUGGUGGUGGCUCAGACAGCUUCAUCAAACAAUUAGUAGAUCUUGCAUCCAUUGAAGUGCCUUCCAAAACCAACUAUAGCGGAGGAUUUCAACAGCAGCAAAUAGCUAACAAGAAUAAUAAGAACAAGAAGAAACAAAACCCACUACUACGACCGAUCAUUUGUAUUUGCAACGAUGUUUAUGCACCCGUACUCCGUCCUCUUCGAAUGAUUGCUCAUCAUAUCCAAUUCCGCAAAGUACCCAUGUUGACGAUUGCUCGAAGGUUACAAGACAUUUGUUCUAACGAAGGAUUGGAUACUGAUCUCCGUGCAUUAAGUCUAUUGGCUGAAAUGACUGAUGGUGAUUUAAGAAGUUGUUUGAACACGUUACAGUUUAUUCGAAGCAAAAGUGCAGUCUUCAAUAGGGAAAUGCUGACUGAUGAUCAACAUGCUGGUGGAUUGGGAAAAAAAGAUAUGGGUCGAUCUUUAUUUACAACAUGGGAUGAUUUGUUUACAGCUGCCAAUGCUAAAAAGAAUAUUUAUCAACGAAACAACCAAGGGCGUUCUCAAUCAGAUCGAUAUGUACGCAGAUUAGCCGAGGCGGUGUCGACAUCGGGGGAUAUUGAAAAAUUGAUGCAAGGUUGUUUUGAAGCUUAUCCCAUGAUGAAAUUCCAUGAUGAAGCCAUGUCGAAAUUAGUGCAGUUGGGUGAUUGGCUCGAUUUUUAUGACCAUCUGUCUCAUCGAGCCAACGAUCUACAUGAUUAUAGUGUAUAUGGUUAUAUGUCCUAUGCUUUGGUCAAUUUUCAUCGAUUUUUUGCUGGCUCAGUUGUACAAGAACAUCGGAUGGAAUAUCCAAAGGUUGAUUAUGAGGUGUUUGCUAAGAAGAAAUCUUAUGACAAUUUGAUUCAUAUUUUUGUAUCAGGUAUUCAUCCUAGUCAACGACGGUUUUUACCACGCGAUCAACUUGUAUUGAAUGUGGUUCCCAGACUUCUACGCAUCAUUUCUCCUGAACUGCGACCUGUCAACAAACAUUUGAUUAAACCUCAAGAAAAGGAAACAUUGGCACGAUUGGUGAAUGUGAUGCUUGAGUAUGGUAUGACUUUUACUCAACAUCGUACUGAAGAAGGUCAAUUCUCUUAUACUUUGGAACCGCCGAUGGAGGAAUUGGUUUGGUUUGAUUGUUAUACUCAGAAAUCCGUGUUGACAAGUCGAUAUGCUGUACGACAAUUGAUCACUCAAGAGAUUGAAACUGAACGAUUACGGCGUAGAGAACUGUUGAUGGGUCAACCAUAUGAUGAUAUCAAGAUGAAACAAACCAAGAAAGACUUAUCAAGCAAGAAAAAGUCAACCUCCAAAGAAACUAUUCAAGAACAAGUGGCGAAAGAUUUCUUUGGUCGACCAAUUGUGGUCAAGUCGAAAAAACAAGACCAAUCGCUUUCUAUGGCAAAUGAUGAUGAUCUUCCCGAUAUUCGACCGUUACAAGUAAUGGAUGUCAUUACCAUAGCUUACAAAUAUCAUGAAGGAUUUUCCAAUGCUGUCAAAAAGCCAAUGAAUGUACAUAUGUUUUUAUAGUAUAGUUAUCUUCCUCAAUAAACCUAUAUCCAUUAUCCCCCCCUCGCAUUCUAAAAUCAAAAAAAAAAAGCCAAUCCCUUUGUU